AGCAGGAACUACCGCACUGACCAAAAUUAUGGAGGUGCUGGGAGGAGAUUUUAACUUUGUGACAUUCAUUUAUAAACAUUACGCUCCGUGUUAUUUUGUAACGUGUGUAUGAUUCGUUGUUGUGCUUCAUUAACACUUUGUUUUAGCUUAAAAUGCGGAAUGCGCGGAGUUUCCGGUUCGCGUCGUUCGCCGUGUGUUGUUGCUCAGUUUAUUUAGUUUACGUUCACAUUUACCGCUCCCGUAAGUUGUUGAAAACAAACGUCCUGACCUGUGACAGACUCCCCAGUCUCUUAUAUCUCUACCUUAAGUACUUGGGCAGAGCUCUGACGCGGAGAACAGGAUAUCUGCACAAAACACCACAGCAGAAGAAGAGUGAAGCUGUGUGCACGGUCCUCAGGUGCAGGCUGGAGACUGCCACACUGAGGAGGUUUUGCACUGCAGCAGGUUAUGGUUGGGAUUAUCCAGACUCUGAAUUCAGAGACAUCCCACUGUGUUUCCCUGAGUUUCUGUGUGGCAGACUGAUGCUGAUGCUGCUCACUGAUGACAACUUCAGACUGAACCCUGCAGGUCUGGUUCGCGUGUGUCAGAUUCUUAAAAGCCUUCAGCCAAUCGACGAGCUGAAGAAGGGUCCGUUCACGCUGCAGGUGCGAGUCCUGGUCUACCGGCAGACUGACGCAGGCGUGGAGGUGGACGUCUGUCUGUCCGCCACCUCACGUUCAGGCAGCCUGGUGUGGGAGAGUGUCGUGACGCUGCUGUCCAAAAAAAGGCUCCACAGAGAUGACAGAGGCUUAACACACACUGGACAUGAGAGUCGACCGUCAGACGACAUGAAGCAGGUCGAGCUGAGCGUUCUCUGGAGGACCAACCCUUUGUCUUCAUGGUCGUUCUCUGACUCCUCCCUCCAUCGGCUCCUCUCUCUCUCGCCGGUCGGGCUCUUGGGCUGCGGAUCACAGACUGCACCGAGUCUCUGGAUGCUGUCGGCCUGCUUGGCUGAAAUAGAAAAACACAGAGGGGUUGACGUGGUCACAGCUCCCGUCGAGGUCAUGGUCCAGUUUCAGGAGCCUGUGCCGGUACCAGGCGGAGUCACAAUCAGGUUUUGGGAGAUGCUGAGAGACGCAGGUCAGUCCUCUGCCCUCAGCUUCCAUAUGCAGCAGCCAGGAGGUAACACGACUCAUAUGACGGGAAUGAUUUGUCGCUCAUGAACAACAUGAAGUUGUGUAAUGUUAAUAUUUUUACUUUUACCAUUUACAUCAAGCAUGAUGCCUUUCAUUAAUCAUCUUCAUUCAUAUUAAUAUUGGCACGAGUUGAUUUUUCUGUUAUUGUGAACAUGUGCGUCUCUUCUAUUACAAGUUUUGCUG